AUGGGAGCUAAAGAAGAAAACACCAGCCAGCAAGGACAAGACACAGGAAGAUUAGCAAUAGAACAUCAGGACUUUUACAAGAGCCACUCCUCCAAACAAGAGAUGAUGGCAGUUGUUGCAGUUGCCUUGCAGGAUCACAUAAUACACAGUCAUCAGCUCCAGGAUUUUUCAUUAGCACAUCCUUUUAAGUCAAGGGCAAGGAAUACCAAGAACCUUUACAAACCCAAGAACAAAGAAAUGGUCACAGCAGUGUCAGGUACUGGACUGAGAAAACAGAACUCUCACCACAAAACCAAGGAAGAUGCAGAAAAGGAGAACGUUCUUGAUCCCAGUCCUCCACUGCUAACAUUAGCCCAAAAAUUAGACCUAGCUGAGCCUGCUUCCUUGCCACCAGCUGCAGAAUGGGUGCAAGUAAAGCAGAGGUCUUGUGCAUGCCUGAAAGCCUUAGAAAAAUUAACAGGUAAGAAGUCUUGUCUUGUGUGUAAAAACAAGCAGUGUCAGUGGAGAAUAACACAUGAUGGGGCACACCUGUUUAAAACAAAGCACACUGCUAGGAAGCUUGUAAGAGGACUUUGGGAUCAUGUAGCAAAACAGGGAAGAGAAACACAAGUGCAAGCUCAGGGGGAUCAUGGAGGGCUCCUCUCUGGUGAGGAACACAUCUGUUCACCUUUGUUCCAUCAUACCCAUCUUCAGGCAUUGGAAGAGUUUUCCAUGGAAGAACAUAUUUGUCCUUUAUGUCACUCUUAUCAAGAGAACAUCCUCAGCUGUUGGAGAUCCUCUCUGGAUGUUGUCCUGGGGGGUCAUGGUUCUACUAAGAACCAGGCAGCAUUCUUGAGACAGCAAGAAGCUAUUCCAGCACAGUUGUCUGCACAGAAACAACUAGAACAACCUGAAUGA